CUACAACAAUAUAGAUAAUGCACAUAAACACACAAUAUAGUAUGAUAUGUGCGUAUACAUUUAAAAAAAACACAUCAGUUUUGACAUUAGUUCAUGUAAAAACUCAUCUUAGAACCAAAAUUCCUGAUUGAUACAUUUAAGCAUAAAUAUGUGUAAGGGUAGUAUACAUUCCGUGCACCAGUUUGCGGUAUAACAUUAACAAGCUUGUGAUUGACUACUCUUGUCUGUACAGCUCUGGUCACGCGUUGAACAAGUCAAAAGUAGUCACACGCCGAAUGCUUUCGGAAGCAAAAGUUCUGAAGAUUUCUCUAUCGGAAUUUGAAACCUUUUGUGACAAGAUCAGCUGGGAGUCCAUUCGAGGAGUGUAAAUAUGGAAGGAACAAGAUGUUGAACUGGUUCUGGAGUAAAAUUGAACAACUUGGAAAGAACAUUGAAAUGCCUGUUCGUACACACAACAGUGAGCUCUGAUUGGCUACCACGAUGGCAACGCAGUUCAGCAUCGACGACGCCUUUUCGCUGGAGGGAGAGGAGGAAGUGGGCGGGGUCGGCCGAGAGAAGGACGGAUGGAAAGGAAGAGAUAAAGACCGCGAUGGAGGAGACGGGGGUUCGAUGAGCUUCGGCACUCUCUCUUUCUCCAAACCCCAGGGUCACUCGCCCAGCACUGCCAGCACACCGGAACACAGCAGCCUGAAGUACCAGAACCUAGAGAACGAAGAAGGGUUGGGCAGCAGUGGAAACUCCUCUUUCAAUAACUUUUUCAAAAUCAGUGACCCAGCGACACUAUCCUACUGCAGUUCUCAGUGGUCUUUUAGCACUCUCAGCUCAGUCACCCAGCUGUCUGCCCAUUGCUGCAGCUGGACAUCUCACCCCCUGGUGAAGAAGAACAGGAGAGUUGUUCUUGCCUCGUUCCUCCUCCUUGUCACCGGAAUGGCUCUGAUUUUCACAGGGAUUGUGAUACAGCUAAAUCCAGAUGCAGGUGUCUCCAGUGCCAUAUUCUUUCUGCCCGGAUUCCUGCUCUUCAUUCCCGGGGUAUACCACGUGAUCUACAUCUCCUGUGCGGUGCAAGGACGGAGAGGGUUCAAGUUCUUCUAUCUACCCUAUUUUGAGAAGUGAUUUUAUACCCCCUUUUCCAAUGUGAUGAAAUCUACAAAUCAUGCACCUAGUAAAUGAUGACACCUGUGUGGAGAAAUAAUCUGCCUCCUUCCUAAAUACUGACCACUACUAACACCAAAUCACUGUGUGCUUCAAUGUGUUUUUCAAUUACUAUGCAAAAGAAGGACUUUGAUUUCUUUUUGUUUUGUAUUAAUAAUUACUGUGACACUACAAUAAAUCUGUUUUGUAUAUUACUUUUAAAAA